AUGAGGGCAUCUUCUCAGUGCAACUCAGCUGAACUCACAUCUCCUGUCAAUAUGUCCUACAACUACUGCUCUGGAAACUUCUCCUCCAGCUCCUGUGGGGGCUACCUGCGCUACCCAGGCUACUCCUGUGGCUAUUCAUACCACAGCAACCUGGUCUGCAGCACUGACCUCUGCUCUCCCAGCACCUGCCAGCUGGGUGCCUCUCUGUCUAUAAGAGUUUUCAGGAGACCUGCUGGGACACCCCUAGCUGCCACAUGUCCUGUGUGGAGUCCAGCCCCUGCCAGACCUCCUGCUACAGCCCCAGAAUCUCCUUACUCUGCGGUCCCUGCCAGUCGACUUACUCUGGAUCGCUAG